AUGGAGAGGAGGGAACAUUUAGUCUUGACCUUCCACAGUCCUGAGGUUCCCAAAGUGAAGGGGAACCGGAAAUACCAAAGGCCUACCCUCCCCACCAACAAACAUCCGAGUGCCUCAAUGCCACCCCAGAGGCGGCAGCAGCAUGUGGAUCAGACACACACCUACAUCCGAAUGUUCUGUGGCAGCCUCUGUGGUUUUAGCCUCCUAAUGCUGAUCUGCAUGUCCCCACUGAACUGGGUGCAGUUCCUGGUGAUCAAGAAUGGCCUUGAGCUCUACGCAGGACUCUGGACUUUAUGCAACCAUGAGCUGUGCUGGAGCCACACACCCAAGCCACCCUAUUAUCUCCAAUAUUCCAGGGCCUUCUUCCUCGUCUCUGUCCUCACCAUACUCAUUGGCCUUAGCUGGCUCUUCAGCUCAUGCUUCUCUAGAACAGGAAGCAUGACCACCAACUUGGAUCUGACGGUAUCCAUGCUCAGCUUCAUCUCAGCCGCCUGCUUGCUCACCUGCCUCAACCUGUUUAUGGCACAGGUUCACUGGCAUACUAGGGAUGUCAUGGAGUCAGAUUUCCUAUGGACCUAUCAUUUUAACUGGUGGAGUGACUUCUUAUACAUGUUUGCUGGGAUCAUUUCUUUUCUCAACUAUAUAACUUCCAGAUCUCCUCCCCCUGAUCAAAAUGUCACUGUGAUUCCAACAGAGAGAUCAAGGCUGGGGGUGGGUCCAGUGACUGCAGUAUCACUUGCUGAAGAUGAAAGGUCAAGGUCUGAGAUGGAAUCUCCAAACGAGGAACUGAAAACACUACCAAAUGCAGAACUGUGA